AUGGCUGACAAGGAAGAAAUCACUUUAGAUGCUUAUGCUAAGAAGCAAAAAUUCUAAGAAGGUGGCAAUAAAAAGAAGGAAAACGGCAAAGGAGGAAAAGGUAGAAUUGAAAAGAAAUUGAACGGAGUAAAAUCUGUCAAAGGUGCUAUCCGUCGUACUGGUCGCUAAGAUAACAAUCGCUCUGGAGGGAAACCUCGUUAAAACUCCUCAAAUAAUUCAAACAAAUAGAGGAGCAUCAGCAGACCUGUUAAGGAAUCUAGACCUGCUAAGAUCAAAACUGUUCGCCCUAUUCCUGAACACAAAAAAAGAAUCGUCAAAGUUUACAACUUAGUUCCUAAUAUUAACAACGAAGAAUUCUAUAACCUCUUUGUCAAAUAUGGAAGUAUCGAGUAAUCAAAGAUCGAAACUGAUAAGAAAGGAAAGUCUGAAGAAAAGGGUUAUGUUGUUUACAGAGAUAACGAUGCUGCUAAGCGUGCUAUUGAUGACUUGAAUGGUGUCGAAUUAGAAGGUAGAAUAAUUACAGUUGAAUUCAUGAAGGACGGUGACAAACUCCCUGAUAGACAAAAUAACAAUGCUAGCAGUGGAGAAAGAGAAAGAAGAAACUCCGAUAGCCAUAAUAGCCAAGGUGUAUAAAAGAAGAGAAUCUUUAAGGAUAAGGAUAACAGAAGAGAUAGCAGAAGAGAUAGAGAUAGAAACAGUAACAAUGGCAACAAAAGAAGAGAUUUCGAUAGAAAUAGAAGAAAUAACGGUUCUCACAAUAAUAAUGGAAACAGAAAUAGAAACAAUAACAGAAAUAAUAACAAUAACAGAAAUAACAAUAGAAAUAACAGAAAAUACAGCAAAUGA